UGUAGCUAGCCCAGCGGCAUGGAGAUCCGAGCACGCGAAGACACGCCAAUGUCCAAUGACCUAACUCCGGCGAUACCUCCCAUUGCCGCCUCUCUACACCACAAAUUCCUUCCCUCGCACUGCUCUGCUUGCUUCGGUCGUCUCCCCUCUUCUUCCUCCUCCACUUCUCUUCAAUCAACCAGCAACAAUCCUCUUUCUUGCUCCCGUUGUUCCGCCACUGUUCAAUACUGCUCCCGCGAAUGCGCUGCCGCCGAUUCUGACAGCCACUUAUCCAGCGGAGAAUGCAGCCUUUUCGCCCUCUGUGCACCUUCUCCCCCCAAGGAUACCACCGAUGUGCGUGCCGCUCUUCGCCUCAUCCAUUUGUUCGAGCGCCUUGGCCUCCUCUCUUCUCCUGUCCCUUGUAGUGAUUCUCCGCGCCGCAUCGGUGGGCUUCUUGCUAGUGGGCUUGUUGAAGUAAUGGAUGAAGGCGGCGAGUUGGCGGAGAGGAUCCGAGAAGGGGCGACGUUGAUGGCCCGAGCUAGAAACUGUAGAUUGGUUGAAGGUUGUAGGUUGCAGAAGGUGUCGAUUGAGGAGGAGGUGUUGUGGGCGGUGAUGACGAAUGCUGUGGAGGUGGAAAUUGGUGAUUUGGGUGGGUUAGGUGUGGCGGUGUACGGACCAUGGUUCUCGUGGUUUAACCAUAGCUGCGUGCCUAAUGCUUGCUACCGUUUUGAGCUUUCUUCCGGGUUCAAAGCUAUCCGUCCUUGUGAUUUGGGUUCUUUCAAAGUUUUGCCGGCUGGUGGCGUUGGAGAAGCACUUGAUGUGUGGAAAACAUGGACUAAUGUCGAGAGUAGCUUGGCUCGUGGCUUGUGUUGGUUUGGCCCUAGAAUCAUAAUUCGCAAUAUCAAACCAUUAAAGAAAGAUGCUGAAGUUUGCAUUGCGUACACUGACCUUUUGCAACCCAAGGCACCGAGGCAUUUUGAUUUGUGGUCAAGAUAUCGAUUUAUCUGUCACUGUAAGCGCUGUUGUGUAUCACCCCAAAUGUACAUGGACUACAUUCUCAGCUGUGAUGCGAGGAGCUUGAACUUGGAAAACAAAUUCUGCAGUGACUCAGAAUGGAUGGAUGUUUCUGACUACUUAGAGGAAACUAUAGCUGAAUAUAUGUUUGAUGGAACUCCAGAAAUAUGUUGUAGAAAGCUGGAGGACAUGCUUUGCCAUAGCUUCCAUUGCAUGCCAUCUGAUGCAUUAGAAUCAAGAUUCAGGCUUCAUCCCCUUCAUUUUCUUUCUUUGAAAACUUGCAUUGUUUUGUCAUCUGCAUACAGAAUACAAGCGAGUAAUGUCGACGAUGUUUCUAAAAAAUUUAAGAUGGCUCGGGCCGCCGCCGCUUGCUCAUUAUUGAUUGCAUGUGCUACCCAUCAUUUAUUCAUGUCUGACACUUCAAUUAUACAAAAUACUGCACUUUUCUGGAUCACUGCUGGCGAGUCUAUUUUAUAUCUUAUUAGAAUUGCAAAAUCUUCGGGACAGUUUGUUGUUUCUGACAUCAACUUGACAUUUGUUGGUUCUCACUUUGCCAUAGAAGGUCAAUCCAAAUCACAGGAAGGUUUGCUGGUUUCUUCUGCACGGUUUAUUGAUAGUGUUUCUCUCAUUAUGAUAAAUUUGUGGCCUUUCUUGGCUAACGGACACUCUUACAUGGAAUGCAUAGAAAACCCUGCAAAUUUCCGUUCGCUACAGAUCACAAAUAGCAAUAAGUGUCGUAAUGAUGGAAGAAAUGCAGGAUAUGUCGGGAAAUAUGGAGGACGAGAAUGCAUUGUAGAAUGGAAUGGCUUGCACCAGCUGGCUGUUUGUUGCUUAGUGUAUGCUAGAUAUCUUGCUAAUAUCUGCCAUGGCCCAGAAAGCUAUUUAUCUGGAAAAGUUGGAUACCUUGAACGUGUCCUGAAGGAAACUGUGUUAUAACUUCAAUUGGGCCUGGAGAGCUGGAUGCAGCACAAAUGAAUGGAUGGAGUUGCAUGCUCGACAAGUCAUCAGGAUUUGAUGAUCUAUAUUUAGAUUAAUAGGAUAGAGGAAACACAUUAGGGCCUCCUUCCACUUCCUCCCUUCCCCUUGAGCCUUAAUUAUAUUUCAGGUGCUCUCAAUUGCCAAGUAAAACUCAUUAAUGGCAUGGCUGCUGUAAUUGGAGUUGCAGGUUUUCCAGAAUGAAUUCGGUAAAUGUCGGCACAAGUUCUGCAUGCAUGGGAAGGCAUAAAGAUUGCUAUGUGUGAGAUUAAGGCUUUGUUUGGAACGGCUUUUUUAUUGCUUCUUCAAGCAGCUUUAUUUUAUUUUUGUAUUAAAAAACUACUUUAAGAAACAGUAAAAAAGCUGUCCCAAAUGAAGUCUAAGGUUUCGUUUGGGACGGCUUUCUUACUGCUUCUUAAAAUUGUUUUUUGGUAAUAAUUUUGGUGAAAAUGUUGUAAUUUGACCAUAACCUAAUCAUAUACACAAUUGGAAGUCUUGACGAUGCCGGUCUAUCGUGGUUUUCAUUCAA